GCUGUAAUGAAGUUUUAUUUUGUUUAAUUUUACACAAGAUUAAUAUAAGGAGAGAUGUGUUAGGGUUUAAAGUUCUGUUAUGUUGGAAUUUACAUGGGCUUUUAUGUUAAAGAUUGUAGAGUUAUCAUUGUGUAGAGUAAAGCCUGUGGUUAGGUUGAGGACGAGCUAAGCAACCUUCAGCCUACAAACUAAAUGUAUAGAGAUAGUCUCCUAGUUAUUAGAGCACAUGCUAGAGAGUGAUUACUGACUAGCUUUUAACCUUGAAGGGUUUAGUAUGAAUUUUACACUAAGAAAUAAAAGUUAUGUUAAUUUAUUUGUUGAAUUACUUAACUUAUAAUAAUUUAGUUUGCUUAAAUGCUUUGCUUGUUCUGAACAUCAGGGUUCAUGGUGUGAAGUAAAGGUCCAUAUAUAUGUUACAGUCCACACGGGUGUAAGUGUGGUAAUGACGUUCAUCUUCAUACAAAAGACUCUGGUCUGAUGUGUUACUUCCUAAAUCACUCAUUGUGUGAGUCUCGUCUCUUCUCUUCUCUCACUCUCGCUGUAAUGGAGUUGUUCAUCUUCAUAGUGUUUCAGCUCCUGACUGAGGUUCAGUCUUACAAUGCACUUCAGAAACCCUUCAUCAGUGUUAAUAAUGAUGAGCAACUCAACAUAGCAUGUGAAAUACCACUUUCAGUCAGAGCUGAUUCCAUCUGUAGUCUCUACACUAAGGAUGAUGUUCUUCUGUUUCACCGUGUCUCUCACUGGAGUCAGUCUGGAGGGAAUCUUUGUAUAUUUUAUUUAAGUCGUAGUGAACUCUUCACACAAUCAGUGAACAGCAGAGAGCUGAGCUGUGUUUAUUCACUCAAGACUGAACCUGAGAACAGAUCACCACACAGUGACACAAUCACCAUCAGUAACACAAUCCCCAUCACAGUCACAGUCACCAUCAGAGACACGAUCAACUUCAGAGACACAAUCACUACCAGAGAUUCAACUUCAACCACCACUGAACAUACGACUACAACAACAGCCCCGACAUCCUUCCAAUCCAAAACGAGCCUGCCAACCAGCACAGCAAAGGAAACAGAGUUAAAUGUCAUUUCCACUUCUGAAAUAACAACAUACAGUAAAACUGAAGUCCAAUCCAAGACAAGCCUGCCAACCAGCACAGCAAAGACAACCCUGACUGUGUUAACUGUAAUGUCCACUUCUGAAAAAACGACAUACAGUAAAGCUGAUGACCAAUCCAAGACAAGCCUGCCAACCAGCAAAUCAAAGACAACCCUGAGUUCUGUGGAAAACUCUACUCUGGAACCUGUAUGGUUUAUAGUGCUGGUUUCCUCUGGUGCUGCUGUCAUUGUGUCUGGACUCAUCUGUUUCUGCCGCUUUGCAAGUAAAAAAAGAAGAAAAUUAUCAAUGAAACCUGAUGUGAGCAGUCAAGGAAUUGGUAUGAGUUGUUCUGGACCUGCAGAGACAUACUUUAUGAUCACGUCUGUACCAGCCACAUCUCAGCCCAUAUCUGAAGGCCUCAAACACCCAGAGUCACAUCAGGACAGCACAGCAGAUCCCAAAGACAGUUACUCUUUCAUUACUUCUGUAAAUACAAUUUACCAGCCCUCAGAUGUUUUGGUUAAUAAACAACAGAAACAGGGAAAUCCGGAGAAUAAGGAGGUAUGUGUGAACACUGUCACACCCCAAAAGCACAUAACCCUCCAUCAUGAACAGAAUACUAACACAUUUAUUUCAUGUAUGUCCUUAAGAAUGUUUAUCACCUGUACGCCACAAUCCCUGACAAACCAGUUCAGUCCAAAACAGAAGAUCACGUGUACAGUUUGGUGCAGAUGAACUGAUGAAUCUCUGGUUUCAUCAUGUACAGCCAUUAAAGUAUCUUUACUUACAGAUAAAUAGGUCUUUAUUUACAUUAUUCAGUGUAUUAUUUACCAUUAUUAUGGAACAUACUGUGACUUCAGUGAAUAUCCAGAGCAUCUUCUCCAGCAAUCCUCACUAGUGCAAUUCCACGCUGUAAGAAGAGAUUGGGCAAUCAAUGAGCUGAACUAAUAUCUAAUGAUAAAUGAAAAUGUUUUACUUAUUUUCUGAUGGAAUUUGAACAAAACAAAUAUUUUUUUUCUUAGAUUUCUGUAUUACUAAAAAAAGAAGAAAAAAAAUCUAUGUUUAGAAUAAUUUUUAGCUUCUCCUUCUACAAAACCCAGCUGAUUACAGAAAAAAUGACUCGCAUCCUGUUUUCAGUGAAUCAUUCAUUCCAGAGUGUAUUUAGCUUAAAAAAAAAUAGCCCUUUUAUAGUAUAUUUUUGCUUCUGAUGCUCCAAGCAAAAGACACAACACACAAGCACACAAUUUCUGUAAUCAGUCAUUUUGAAUGGCUCUGUAUAGGAUACAGUCAGGUCAAGGCUGCUGGUAAAGGGUUUUUGUCAUCUCCAUGUUUGACACUUUGACUUGAUGUUUAUUUAAACAAGAAUAAAAAAAACUUAAAGAAUUGUUACCUCA